AUGGCAUGUAGGACCUUCCGCCACCGCAGCCCGUCUACUUGUGGUGCCCGGCUCGGCAGGCUCCUGCACAAACUCCUGGCCAUGCUCUCGCUCUUCACCCUCUCGCUCUUCUGCUUCUACCUGCUGGCCGGCUGCUGUGACUCCAUCCCGCUGGAGCCCGGCUUGAGCCGGCAGGAGCGGCCGAGGAGGACGGUCAGCGCGCAGCCGGCAGACGAGGAGCCCUCGUCCGGAUCGUACACCCCGGUGGCCGGCGACGGCUCCGAGCCGCAGCAGGGCAGCGGGGCGCCCGAGGCGGGGCGUGUGGCGGCGGCGGCGGCGGGCCGGCCGCUCAACGGCACGGCCAGGGCGGGCGGCCGCUGGUGGUGCGCUCUCCGGCGGCUGCCCGAGGCUCUCAUCAUCGGCGUGAAGAAGGGAGGGACCCGCGCCCUGCUCGAGUUCAUGCGGCUGCACCCGGCCGUCAGGGCGCUAGGGGCCGAGCCUCACUUCUUCGACAGGCACUACGGCAAAGGGCUGCAGUGGUACAGGAAUCUGAUGCCCAAGGCACUUGAUGGUCAGAUUGUGAUGGAGAAAACGCCCAGGUACUUUGUGACAGCAGAGGCACCAGCUCGCAUUCAUGCUAUGUCCAAGGACACCAAACUGAUCGUGGUCGUGCGGGACCCAGUGACCAGAGCCAUCUCAGACUAUACCCAGAUCAUCUCGAAAGCGGCAGACAUCCCUGGCUUUGAAACUCUCACUUUCAAAAACAGGACUACGGGCUUGGUUGACGCAUCGUGGAGCCCAAUAUGGAUUGGGAUCUAUGCUCAGCACUUAGAGAACUGGCUGCAGUAUUUCCCCUUGUCGCAGAUGCACUUUGUCAGUGGGGAGAGGCUGAUCACUGACCCAUCUGGGGAGCUGGGAAAAGUCCAAGACUUCCUUGGCCUGCAGAGGCUCAUAACAGAUGACCACUUCUUCUUCAAUGAGACCAAGGGCUUCCCCUGCCUGAAGAAGCCACAGGGCAACGGCAAACCUCACUGCCUGGGCAAAACGAAAGGCAGGAUCCAUCCCAACAUCGACCCAGGAGUGGUCCAGAAACUGCGGGACUUCUAUCGCCCCUUCAACAGGCAUUUCUAUCAAAUGACUGGGCAGAACUUUGGCUGGGAGUGAUAGGAGGGCAGGGGAGGUGAACUGAAGUCCAUGACCAGGAACUGAACAAUGGUAGAAGCAAGGGAAGCCAUCAGGAUCGCCAAUUAACCAAGUCCGCAUGUCAAGUCAAAGAUGUAGC